AGCGCCGGUUGUUUUGAUGUCACUGAUAACCAGAAAUAGUUGUUCUGUUAUUUUGACAUUAUGACUGUAUAAUAUACUCGUCUUUGUGAAAUAUCAAUUAAGCAAUUUUAAAAAUUAAUUUUGUAAUCACAGUGAAACAUACACGAUUGAAUAAAGCUUUAGUGAUCUUCAAACUCCUUGACGAACAAUUUUACGCCUUUGAACCUUUUAAAUACGUGAAAAUGUUAGAAACCGAAGAAGUUGAUGAUGAUUUUUUUACACCAGUAGCUGGCACAUCUCUAGCAAAUAUAUUUGGAAAUACUACAAAAAAUAUUGAAGAGCCAGUAAAUGACACUUUAAAAUAUAUACCUCCAAAGCCACAAAAUAUUCCACCAAAACCUAAGCCAGAACAAAUGAAAACUACAGAUGUUAUAUUUGCUUGUAGUCUCUUUGGACAUGAGUGGUCAAACAAUGUAUACACUGCAAGAGGCCAAUUAGGAUUUGCCAUCGUCAAAAUUCAUAAAACUGGAGACCAUAACAUUAUCCUAUAUGACUCUAAUAAGACAACCUUAUCCUGUGCCACAAUUUCACCUAAUUUGACAGUAACAAUUAGAAACCUUGCCUAUAUAUCAUAUUAUGAUAAUCUCAGAAGGUACUGGAGUAUAUAUGGCACUGAAGACAAAAUAACAAAAGUAGCUGAACAUUUAAUGAACUUAGGACUGACUAUUAAACAUACAGCCAAUGAAAAUCAAGGGCCCCCUAAUCCCAGUAACAUGGAACCAAAAACAAAUAUGACAUCUGAACUCUCUAAGACUGAUAAAGAAAGUGACACAGAUUCUUCAGUAAACAGAAAGACUAAGGCUUCUAUCUUGAAUAGAAUGGCUAAUAUGGGUCACUCAGUGCUUCCAACUCGCGCCCAACAUUCAGAAGUAACAAGUGACUCAUCAGAUACUAUGGAUACAGAAAUUCAACCAAAAACUGUCAGACACAAACCAGUAAAAUCGGUUUUGAAAAAAUCUACUGCAGAUAGUAUAAUAUCACAGUCACAGCAAUCAUCUGAUUCACCUGAUUUAGUGGUUCUUCCCAAAACUGAGCCCAUUGAUAAGGUUUCAGUUUAUACUUCUCAUAGCAGUCAAUUAUUACCUGUAGCAAAUUCAAGCAUAUUUACAUGUCCCAGUAAUGAGUUUGGUAUGUUCAUAUCAGAACAAAGAAUAAGUAAUAGUGAGUUAAGAAUAAAUAUGAAUAGGAUAAAUGAUAAAGUAGAUUCUGUACUCAAUAAAAUGAGUAACUUAGAACAAGGAGGAAACACAAGUGCCCAAACUGAUAUACUUAUGAAACUGCUUGCAGAAUAUGAACAUAAAAUAAAGAUUUAUGAAGACUUAUUAAAAUCAAGAAAUGAUAAGCUAAGCAUAGAUAACAUUUUAGCCACAACAGCUAUAUCAAAAAAUGAUAAGGAGAUAGAAUUAUUAAAAAACAAAAUAUCUGAUCUAGAAAAGUUUAAUGAGGACAAAUGUAUACAAGUAUCAAAUCUUCAAAAAGAACUUCAACUUUUGCAAAACAAGUGUGACACAGAAAAGAUUGCCCAAACAAAGGAAAAACAUGAGUUAUGUAAAAAAAUAUCAUGUUUCGAUUCUAUUGUGAAUGCCAAGGAUGUUGAGAUAGCAGACUUAAAUAAGAAAUACCAAAGUGUAUCAGAAGAUACAAAAUCAGUCAAUGAUCAAAAUAUUGGAGAUAAAGUCAAAAAUAUUAUGAAUGAUACAUUCCAAACAAUAUCAGUUAAUUUUGAUGACAAUCAAAAUUACUCUGGUGAUUCCGUAAAGAAAAUUGUUGCAGCUGUUAUAAAGAAGAUAACUAUUCAAACUUUAAAUGACUUAAAAUAAAAACAUAUCCUGUAACUAAUGGAUGACUAAACGAAUAUAUUAAUUUUAAAAUGUAUUAAUAAAAUGAGUGUAACUAUUAUUUUGAUAAUAAAGCAUGCAAAAG